CUCUUUACCGGGCAUAAUUACCUACCACGAACGUCGCACCCACCUUUGUCUUUGCUGACCUUAAAAGGCCAUGGCGUCGGCGACUGAAGACGUUGCAUUCGAAAUCGAAGAUAUAAAUAUGAACGUGUGCCCUUUCUUGUUGGACAUCUAGACUUCUGAUCAUAUCAUCUUUACAUUUCGACGCUUCUAUCAUACUGGUCUACUAUCACCCUGACUACUCGACACUCCGGUCCAACAACUCACACAUCCUAUCAAUAUGGACUCAAAAGACUUCGGCGGUCUUGAAAAGGACCCCGAAUAUCUGUCCAAGGUCGAGACAUACGGCACAUCAUCAGAACACCAUGAAUAUCUUGAAACGAUACACACUGCCGACCUACCGCAAAAUCUCGCCGGAGAUGUAGCAUACGGAAGAGAUGGAUUCAUGGGAAUCAUAGAGUCACCGUUCGUCUUUGGUGCUGCUAUGCUUGCAUCACUCGGCGGCUUCUCCUUCGGAUACGAUCAAGGAGUCAUCUCCAUCAUCAAUGUCAUGCCGCAAUUCCACGAGACGUUCCCAUAUGCAGCCACAGGAUUCGACAAGGGCUUCAUGACUGGUAUGCUGGAACUUGGAGCAUUCAUUGGUUGUUUCUUCAUGCCAUAUAUGGCCGACAAGAUCUCUCGCAAGUGGGCCUUGACUAUCGUUGUCGUCAUCUUCAACAUCGGAGCCGUCAUUCAAACAGCAGCACAGGACUACGGGAUGUUGGUUGCAGGCAGAUUUAUUGGCGGUAUUGGUGUCGGAACGCUAGCUCUAGGAGCACCGCUCUACAUCUCCGAGAUCGCACCACCAAACCUUCGAGGAUCUCUUCUUGUUUUGGAGUCAAUAAGCAUCUGCUUGGGUGUUGUAAUUGCCUUUUGGAUCACAUACGGAACGAAAGAGCUGAGUGGAGAGAUUGCAUACCGUCUUCCUCUUGGUCUGCAGAUGGUUUGCGCAACACUUUUGGGUGUCUGCAUCCACUUCUUCCCGUAUUCCCCCAGAUGGCUUGCUUCUGUUGGCCGCAACGAAGACGCACUUGGUGCACUCUGCAAGCUCCGUCGUCUUCCGAACACAGACGCCAGAGUACGCACUGAGUAUGAAGGUAUCCUUGCCGAAGUGGAGUUUGAGACUGCCAUGCAGGAGAAGAGACACCCCGGUGUUCACGGUAUCAAGCUCGAGCUUUUGUCCUGGGCAGAUCUUUUCACAAAGAAGGUCUGGCGCAGAACUGCCGUGGGUAUGGGCGUUGCCUUCUUUCAACAGCUGAGCGGAAUCAAUGCCUUUAUCUAUUACGCACCCACUCUCUUCGAGUCUAUCGGUCAGUCCAGCGAGAUGGCUCUGAUUCUAUCCGGAGUUUUCAACGUUAUCCAAUUGGUCGCCGUGGCAAUCUGCUUCUUCAUCAUCGACAAGGUCGGACGCAGACCUCUUGCAAUCUUUGGUGGGUUCGCAGCAUGCAUUCCUUAUGGCAUCAUUGCCAUCCUUUCCGGACUCUACGACGACAGCUGGAUUACUCACAAGGCCGAAGGCUGGGCUGCUGUGGCCAUGGCUUUCCUUUUCAUCAUGAUUUACGGUGUCUCAUACUCUCCUCUGGGAUGGUGCUUGCCUUCAGAAGUGUUCCCCAACGCACUUCGUUCCAAGGGUGUCGCUGUGUCCACCGCCACCGUCUGGCUUUGCAACUUCAUCGUCGGUGUCGCCACACCCCCCAUGAUUGAGAACAUUGGUUUCGGAACCUAUGUCUUCUUCGCAGUAUUCUGUUUCCUCGCUGGUGUUUGGGCCUACUUCCUCGUGCCCGAAACUCGUGGACGUACUUUGGAGCAAAUGGAUGAGGCUUUCGGAGAUACCAGUGGUCAGGAAGAGAAGGAGUUGAUGAAGCAAGCGGCUCUGCAGGCCAGAUCGCAAAGACCUAGAGACACUGUUGAUGUUUGAGCAUAUAAUAACUUUGCAUAAGAAGGGCGUUACUAGAGAGAUUCGGCGGACUUUUGGGAUAGACUAUGAUACCAUGAAUUCGAAAUAUUUCGGACAAUUCGAGCAACACUACUCUGUC